UUAAUGAAUUCUGCCGGGAGUAAUUUUGACCCGCGUAACCUUUGUAUAAUCGAUUACGAAUAGAUAAACACUUUUAAAGUUAUAUAUAAAAGUUACAUUAAAUAUUUUUGGAUGGUGUAGCGAACUUGAAUUUACUGAGUACACGUGCAAAAUAUUACGAUGUUGCUAUUACAACUUCUUGCCUUGCUGUUGGUGUCUGACACGGUGUCCGCCAGAAAUUUGCGUGUUGGUGCAUUCAAUAUUCAAGUAUUCGGAGUUAAAAAAGCGAAAAACACCGAGGUCAUGGAUAUUUUGAUAAAGAUUAUACGAAGAUACGACCUACUCCUAAUACAAGAGAUACGAGAUUCCACCAAUACGGCCAUACACUAUCUGCUAGGUCGAGUGAAUCGGGGGCAGACGGAGCCAUUCGAAAUGGUUCUCAGUGAACGUCUUGGUCGUUCGAACAGCAAGGAGCAGUAUGCAUACUUCUACAGACCAGCCGCUGGUCUGCAGGUGCAGCACAGUUAUACGUAUCACGACACCAAAGAACAUGGGGGCACGACUGUGGAUUUAUUUGAAAGACAACCAUAUAUAGUAUCGUUUUCAUCAAGUGGAACAGAACUUGUUUCAUUCCGUUUGAUUGGCAUACAUGUUGAUCCUGACAAGGCUGUGGAAGAAAUAAAUUAUCUAGACAAGUUUGUCGUCAGUGAUGUACAGAACAGACCGGGACCACGUGAACUGAUGAUACUAGGUGAUCUAAAUGCUGACUGUAACUAUGUGUCUAAAAGGAAAUGGAAAAAAAUACCUAUGAAAAAAGAUCCGCGUUUCAACUGGCUUAUAGGAGACGAAAUCGAUACAACAGUAAAGGGAUCCCAUUGUGCUUAUGACAGGUUUAUUAUUACUGGUCCUGGAUGGCAGGGCGGAAUAGUUCCAGACAGUGCGAAAGUGUACAGAUUUGAUCAAGAUCUGAAUAUCGACAAUAAACUGGCAGCGAAAGUCAGCGAUCACUAUCCUAUAGAAUUUUUGCUAUCAGAAAAGCAGUAUAUCAUAAUUUCCAUAUCAAACCGUGUGUAUAUCAAGUUGCUCGGAGACUACAAAGCAAAGGGAAGCCUGCCUGUGAAUGAAUUGUAUGAUCUUGGAGUCGGAAACAAAAACGUCCACGUGAUAUCGGUGUAUGACAAGCAUCAAAAACUGGUUGGAGAAUUAAAGAAGGAAACUGACGGUGAGAAGAAACUAUCAGAGGAAUUAUUCAAAUUGAUUACAGCAGACGAUAGCAACUUGAAAAUGUACAUUGAACCACUCAAGAAAAGAUAUGCCGAUAAACAAAGAAGUAAAGUGGUUAUAGCACUGCCCGCAACUCACAAACAAGAAGCUACUAUAAUUUGGAAUAUUUUGCAGAUUGUCGUUUGUAAAUAUUUCAAGUGCGAACAGUAGCAAUCUAAAACCGUAACAGAUAAGGAUGUGAAAUGGUUUUGGCACAAGACUAUUGUAACUGCCACUUUAACAUAUAUAAUUUAGAACAGUGCUGCGCCGAUACCAAAAUAAUGCUGUUGUUAUUAAAGACGUGCCAUUCCAGAUCAAUAGCGCAGUCGAUGGCUACUUGCUAUGACUGCAAUUGUAGCGGUAACCACAUUUUGAAAUUACACAUUGCAUCUACCU